AUGGUUUCCUUUCGUGUGGCAAUCACUCUCUGUGUCGCCUAUUUGUCGUACUUGGCUGCGGCAGUGUCUCUCGAGGAUAUUCCAAAAUGCUCUCUACCAUGUGUUAUUCAGAUCAUGAGCAAUCCAGCAGUCGCCAAUUCGAGCAUCGAAGCCAUGUGCGCAGCUAGGGAUAUGGAAAAAAUGAUACAGGAUUGCAUUACAGACAAGUGCACGAUACGAGAAUCACUUGAAUUCGCCGAUUUUGUCUCGGAAGUAUGCAACUUCCCUCAAGAAGACUACCGUCCAAAGUAUCGAGCCAUCGUCAUUGCGUGGACCUGCAUCAGUCUCGUCGCAGUACUAUUAUUAAUCGCUUCUAAAAUAUUCGUCGCGACGCCUUGGGGACUCGACGAUACCUUUUCUAUUCUUACCUUUUGUAUUAUUGUCCCUUGCACAAUCUUUUUUCUUCGGACAACCGAUGAUGGGUUUGGGUCCACCCAGGCAUUAUAUCAAUCUGCCAACUUCAGCCCUUUACUCAAGAACAUAUUUGUCUGGCAGAUACUUUUCAUCGCUGGCCUGGCCUGCGCAAAGACCUCUAUUCUCCUCUUCUUUUUGAGAAUCUUCCCGGGUCACAAGUUCAGGCGUAUGGUUUGGUUAACACUCGCCUUCAACACUAUCACCACGAUAGCCCUUCUCGUUGUCCAGCUUACGGUAGGACGCAUCGUCGAGUUGGUUUGGGAUCGUGAAGACCUUGCCGCAAGCAUGGACAAAUACAAGAAGCCCAUCAUCAUCAUAUUGGCACACUGCGCGGUCGACUUUUGCGUUGAUGCCUGGAUGCUUGUUCUGCCCAUGACCCAGCUUUACAAUUUAGGGUUGAGAACAGAUAAGAAGGUCCGGGUCAUGUGCAUGUUUGGUAUUGGAAUCUUCUUGACUGUAGUCAGUCUUGUACGUUUGAUAUUGCAGGCCAAGGUUGUCCCAAACCCUAGUGAAACAGAUAGCAAGUUGCAAUCGACAGUCGUUUGGGCCAACGUCGAACUCAACGUUGGCUUCGUGGUAGCAGUCAUGGCACCUAUCCGCCAACUGUUCCAGCUCGUCGCAGCCGGUGGAAAGCCUGGGGACGAAACCACGACAAACAGGAGCCGAUCCAGAACUGCCACAUUUGUUGAUCGGUCUCUUGUACGGAUCAAGGAUGUUGAUGAGGAAGAGUUGGUAAUACAGGAUGUUGGUAAUUUGUGUGGGACGACACUUGCUACUUCAAGUAGUAGAGGCACGACAAAAAGGCAUGACGGCGACGAUGUUGAGCUGAGUCACCUGGGAAUAAUUAACAAUGGAAAGGGACAAAAUUGA